AAAACGCACGUACAAAUAUUCUGGAAAGGGAAGAAGAGAGACACUGAGAGAAUAAUUGAAGAGGAAGAGGGAGAGGGACAGGAGAAGAAGAAGGGGAAGAAGAAGGGGAAGAAGAAGGGACAAGAAAAACGAUGAUGGAUGCAGUGCUAAGAAAUAGGGAUGAGAAGGAAGAGAGGAGGGAGAUAAACAGAGAAGAGAUGGAGGAAGUGAAAGAAGAGGAGAAAUAUUCAGAUACAUUUGAAGACACUGAUGAUGAAAACCCGCCUGACGAAGGAGAAGGAGGAGGAGGAGGAGAAGAAGAAGGAGGAGGAGAAGGAGGAGGAGGAGGAGGAUCAGACAGUUAUGAAAUCAAUGAAAAAAUAAGAAAAAUAUGUAAUGAAAGAGAAAUAGAAAGAGAAGAAGAGCUACACAGAGAAGGAGGAGGAGAAGGAGGAAGAGGAAGAGGAUUAAGACACAGAUGCUUCAUGAAUCACUGCAGAGAAAGACAAGGAGGAGGCAGUCACAGAGAAGAAAGAGGAAGAGGAGGAGGAGGAGGAGGAGGAGGAAUGAGAGAAGAAGGAGAAGAGGAGGAGGAGGAGAGAAAACACAUUAGAAUAUAUAGCGAGAGUGGCGUGGAAGCGGUGACAGUAGACGAGAGAGUGACGAAGAACGAAAACAACGAAGGGACAAGGAUAAGACGCACUGAUGACUACAAUUUCAUCCUCCGGCCACCACACAGCAUACACCAACCAGUACCUUUACCGCCUCUCCCUCUCUUAACCAUACCCCCGAGUAACCCAUACCCCUAUAUACACCCUUACCAGUAUCAUCCUUUACCCUACCAGUACCCACAGUGCCCCAUGAACCCACAUUGGACGUAUACUCAGCCCAGACACGCGGUAACUAUCGGAGGUAACUCAGCGAAGCCAAAACAGUAUGCGUCUUUCACUAAGGAUUACAUAACUGGCCUUGCGUUCUUGGCCAGGGUCGACAGGGUGGCCAGAGUGAUGGUUAAUAGAAGUAUGUCUAUCGUGGAACUCCGUCAGUGUGCCUCGCCAGCUCUGUGUCUCCUCCUCCUGCCGCAGAAAAGAGAGGGGGUGGAAGAAAUAGAGGAGGAUAAAAGCUUGCAAGAUCUUCACAGCCUCCAGCAGACUAUAUCCCUGUGCUCUGGGGCGGGAAGGGGGACCGUCACACAGGAGCUCAGAAAUUACUGCAGGAGUUUGGUGCUAGCAGUGCUGUGUCCAGGGCGUCACCACCAAGGCGCCCUUCUGGUGGAGAACGGCGUGCAGGAGCUGGAGAGGCGCGCCUUCCAUGAUCACGGCCCCAGUCAGGUAAAAUACUGCUGGAGUUUUGCCUCGUCCUUGUGCAUUAUCCUCGAGCGCCUAGGUUGGGUUCCCUCCGCGCAGUGAUUCGGAUUUCGAGUCCAUAUGGUGACGCAAGUGUGGAGUUAAUAUGGUGACUAGAGGCGCCUCCACAUGACCUUUUCUGUGACACGCACCCCACCGUGUAGCAGUAGUAAUAGUAGUAGUAGUAGUAGUAGUAGUAGUAGUAGUAGUAGUAGUAGUAGUAGUGUUGAGAAUAUGAUGAUCAGGAGUGCAUGACAACAACGAUAAUAAUAAUAAUAAUAAUAAUAAUAAUAAUAAUAAUAAUAAUAAUAAUAAUAAUAAUAAUAAUGAUAAUAAUAAUAAUUUCGUACCCCAGGCCUGAUAUUGUUAUUUCAAGCUUUUCAUCAGACUUAAAAAUAAAGAAAAUGUAAAAAAAAUAAAAUGAAAAAC